GCGCAAAAUGUGUUAUUUUGAUGUCUCAUCUAAACCGUCCAAAUGGAAAGCCAAAUCCAAAGCAUUCACUUAAACCUGUUGCCGAUGAGCUUGGUAAAUUAUUGGGAAGAGAUGUCUUGUUCUUGAAUGAUUGUGUCGGUCCCGAAGUCACAAAAUCUUGUCUUAAGGCCAGUAACGGGCAAGUGAUUUUGCUUGAAAAUCUUCGAUUUCAUAUAGAAGAAGAAGGGUCUAUUAAAGAUGAUGAUGGAAAGAAAAUCAAAGCAUCUUCUGAAGAUUUAAACAACUUUCGAUCGUCUUUAACAGAACUUGGAGACAUAUAUGUUAAUGAUGCAUUUGGUACUGCACAUCGCGCUCACAGCUCAAUGGUUGGUGUAAAUUUACCAAUUAGAGCUUCAGGACUUUUGUUAAAGAAAGAAUUAGAAUACUUUGGAAAAGCUUUAGAAGAUCCGGAUCGACCAUUUUUGGCAAUUCUUGGCGGUGCUAAAAUUUCAGAUAAAAUCCAAUUAAUCAAUAAUCUUCUCGAGAAGGUUAAUUCUAUGAUUAUUGGAGGUGGUAUGGUUUUUACCUUCAAAAAAGUGAUCAAUAAUAUGGAGAUCGGCAACUCGCUCUAUGAUGAAGAAGGAUCUAAAAUCGUAAAACAAUUAGUUGAAAAGGCAAAGUCCCUGAAUGUUGAAUUGAUAUUUCCUGUGGAUUAUAUUAUUGCAGAUAAAUUUGAUGCAAAUGCUAAUACCGGUAUUGCUACAGACGAAACUGGCAUUCCAGCAGGAUGGCUAGGUCUAGAUUCUGGUGAAAAAACCAAUGAACUUUUUAAGGCAGCUAUUUAUAAAGCAAAAACUAUUCUCUGGAAUGGUCCUCCAGGAGUUUUUGAAUUUGAAAAAUUUUCAAAUGGAACAAAAGUAGUAUUAGAUGCAGUCAUUAAGGCUACAGAAAACGGUGCUAAGACUAUUGUUGGAGGUGGUGAUACUGCAACAGCCGUUGCUAAGUGGGGUGCUGAAGAUAAAAUUUCACAUGUCAGUACCGGUGGUGGUGCUAGUUUGGAGUUGCUUGAAGGUAAAGUGCUACCCGGUGUUUCUGCCCUUACUGAUAAGUCUUAA